AUGUGGAUAGAGAAACGCCAGGCAGUCGUUGUUAAUACAGCCGAGCAGAGGUCAGACUUGGAAGGAAGCCGAUUCUCCUCAGAGAUUCUGAGCAGCGUGCUGAUGGCGGGCGACAAAGGCACACGACCUCUGCCCCACGGGGCCCCGAGCAACCUGCGACGUCCUGACGGGAACCCCAGGUUUCUUCCCUCCUCAAACACCGUGGCCAUGCGUUCCUCCCCGCCCCCGUCUGAGUCCCACUUGACAGGAGCACUCAGUGCCUUCACUCCCGCGCCCGCUGCUGGCUCCGCCGCGCGCGCGACAGACAGGAAGGAAAUGUCAGUGGAGGCCUCCAAAGUGCCCUUUGAGUGCUUCUAA